AGCAUCUCCGUGCGUUUCUGUCCACUCCGUUUAAAAACAUAGAAAACAUCACGUGUUUUAUUUUAUCAUCUAAAGGCGUGCUGGCUUUUUUUGGUUUAAUUUUCAGCUCUUGGUCUUCAACACUAACCGUAUAAUAUAAUGUCAGGAGUUAGAUACUUCUUGUACUUCGCAUUUGGGAGUAAUUUAUUAAAAGAAAGGUUACAGCUGCAAAAUCCGUCAGCAGUUUUUCACCGCGUCGGUCGACUCCAGGGAUAUGUGCUACAGUUUGGUCUGUGGGCAGAAAACGUGGUCAGCAGGUGGAACGGUGGAGUGGCUACGAUUGAAGAAUGUCCGGAUGAGGAGGUCUGGGGUGUAGUGUGGAAAAUGGCGAUCGAGGACAUCACGUCUUUAGAUAAACAGGAGGGCGUGGACAAGGGUAUCUACAGCCCCAUGGAGGUGACGGUGGAGACAGAAACUGGGCCGCUUCUCUGUAGAACAUAUAAGAUGAACAACUUCAGACCCUGUGCUCCCUCACCACAGUACAAAGAGGUCAUAUGUUUAGGAGCCCAACAGAACGGAUUACCGGAACACUACAUAAAGAAGCUGCAGGCCGUGGAGGCCAAUAACUACACGGGACCGUCAAUAUUAGAUGAUAUUAAAAAGCUUAAGAACUGAAUGUUGGGAGAAAUAAAGUCCAGAAAGUCACAAUUUUACUCAAUGAAAAUUUUCCAAAUGGUGCUUAAUUGUUUAUAAGCUUAACACUAGUUCCUUCAACAAACCAUGUACUUCAUGUUUAAAAAAAAAAAAAAAAAGUAGCAUUGACAUAAAUAUAAUAAUAUAUUAUAUAAUAUUAUAAAUUAUAUAAAAUCAAGUUGUCUAUCUUCAGUGAUGUUUAUUCCAUUAAUGAACAUUUUACUAAAACUGUAGUAACGGUUUACUUUUGCUUAAAUAAUAUAGCUUUAUAACAUAGUGUGAUACACAUUAUUGUGUACUGUAAACAUACACUUAGCAUUUAAACAGACUUUUAAUACAUUGGUGAAUUCUUAACAUACUUUUUGGUUCGUUAAUGUUGACGUUCCUGCUUAAUGUUAAACAACACAGUAAAUAUCAAACCGUCUUCAUGACUAAAUAUUUUGUCACAGUACAGAAUAAACGCCCCUGAACGCUAAAUGAAAUUAUAACAACAACUGAAGCCUGAGGCCCAGUAGGAAGACGCUCAGAAUUUCCCAGUGCUUUAUUGUGAUUUUUUUUUUUCCACAAACUGAUAAGGAGCCAAAUACAUAUUUGUAAUGAUGAAAUAUUACAAAGUUUUGAUGGACAUGUAGCAUUUUUCUAAAUUGCAUUUAAGUUAGACAUUUCAUUAAUGCAAUUUUACAGUUACGCUGUUGAAUAUCAUAAUGAAAUGGUAAAUAACCGAAGAACAUCUUACUUAUAAACUCGUAUAACAACAUUUAUGAAAUUCAUCAGAGUGGAUUUUUCUCCAGAUCAUUCUACUGUCCUGUAUUAGUGCAAUGUAUAGGUCUGGGCUGGUGGCACUAAAAAAAACACAACUUUUCUACAAAAUGUUUUUUCUUUCAUUUCAGGAAAACAUAGUAAAGUACAAUUCAAGAAGUAAA